AUGCCGAAGGUUUGGCGAUGCGCACGCGAUUCGGCACACUAUCGGUCUCACAGCUACCCUCGCCUUGCCCUGCUUCCCCUCUGCGCCCUCCUGGCGGCGAUAGCUGGGCGAGCGGAUGUGUUUUGCCAGCCUCGCCAGCCUCGUGAUUCAGCUCGAGGAGUGCACCUGGCCCGUUGCGCGGAUCCUGAGCAUCACGACAUGGCGGGCUUGCACUUUGCCGAUGCCAGGCAGUCUGGUGAAGUCGGCGGAAGCCCUUCCGCCAGUCAAGCAGUCCAGGCACCAGGCCGCAACUACAACUUCGAAGAGUAUAGGGGCGUCUAUCGCAGGCUGAUUAGUGACGAGACCUGGCCACAAGUACUGCGCAUUGUGGUUGUCGGACCGAUCGGUGACGAAUUUCGUCAGACCGUAGAGGAAGCAACUCCGAAGGUGCUCGGCUGGGAUCCGCUGUCAGUGAUCGUGAGUGAGAGGACGCGGUGGCAAUCACUCAAGCUCGAUGUACGCUUCACGAAUCCAGAUGACUUCUGCGCCCUGCACAGCUACUUGAAGACCAUCGACGGUGUCAAGACUGUGCUGUGA